AUGGAAACCACCCUCGAAUUCACUGAGGGUGGUGGGGUUUAUCUCCCCUCUCUCGACGAUAAUUUCCUGGCCGACCGUGUCGCGAUUUUCCCCACGGUCCACAUCGUCCACUUCGACGCCAAUCAACAGAUCAAGCAGAUCCGAAUUUACUGGGAUCAGGCUUCAUUGCUGAAGCAAGUCGAGGUUAUUGGAGCGCGCGGACGUCAAUGGCCCAUUCGCGAUGGAAAAGACCAACUCCGUCUCCUCAAGAACGCUGAGACCGCUCAGUCAACACCCUCGCAGCCUUCUCAGAAUGCGGAGACCAAGCUCCCCACCCGCUCCUCGUCCCCAGCCAAGCGCCGCAUCAAAGAUCCCUACGCAGCCGAGUCCUUGACUGAGCUCCUCUCGCCGAGCAAGGAGGUCGCUGAGAUCGAAAGCCGCGCGGAACCCCCCAGACCUGCUUCCUCCAACAAGAGCAAGAGAUAUACCCAAGACCCCUACGGAGCGGGUUCCUUGACUGAGAUUCUGUCCCCCAGCAAGAAAGUCCCUGCCCCUGUGGCUCCCUAUGCGCCCGGGUCUGGGCGACCUGCCGCGCGCAACUUCAGCGAUAUCUUCAUGAAGGAUGAUGAUGUGCCCGACUCGCCCUCCAAGUCCAAGCCCAGGGCUCCCCGGAUCUUCGAAGAGGAAGAAAAGGCCGGCCCAGGUCCUGUCGACGAAGACCGUCAUUUCUACAAGUCCGCCCCCGGAAAAUACGACCACUUCGAGAUCGGCGGCGACAACUCGGAGCGCGAGAUGAAGCCAGAAGUCAAGCAGGCCAACCCCAAACAAUCAACCCACUGGGACUUCGACGACGCCGAGACUCCUGUGAAGGGAUCGCGCGCCCCACGCGGACACGAACUGAACGUGACCAAGCCCCGUCGCGAUGCAGACCGUCACUUCGAGAUGACCGACGAAGAAACCGAGGACGAUGGACGGAUCAUCAGCUCAUUCGGGGGUCGCGGCAAGGGCCUCUACGAGAACCGCCUCUUCGAGGAAGAAGAAGGCAAGCCUGAGCAGGAGAAGAAGAGCGAGCCCUUGUCAACAGCUGCAAACGUUGCCAACCGCAAGAAGAACUCCGUUUCGCAAUUCGAGAUGACGGAUGAAUCGCCUGAUGCCAAGGAGAACAAGCCUACCCAAAAGCACGAGGCGCACAAUAAGAUGAUGGAAUCCCACUGGCAUAACUACGAUGAGCAGUCCCCGUCCCCCUGCAGCAAAAGCAUGUCGCCCACAACAAGGCUAUGGAGUCCCACUGGGAUAACUUCGACGAGGCGUCCCCUGAGCCGGUUAAGAGAAAUGCCACCGCGCAGCGCAACCCUCACACCCACAACCAGCCCAGCUGGGGCCAUGAAAGCAAUUAAGUGA